AUGGCAGACGCAGGCGAGCAGCAGCACGAAGCAGCCCCUUCGCUGGUCGGUAAAGCGAGAAGCGUCGCCUCAGGCACCAGUCCGCGCGGAGACGGAGGAGAAGACAGUGGACCAGUUGGGGGCAAGCAGACGGUUCAGCCAGCGAACUCUGGCAGCCAGAUGAGUUUUAGAAGACAGAGAAUAUGGGACGGCCUCUUUGGUGGUGUGGAAGAUGUCUAUCUCUGGCAUAUUCUAGACAACGCGCAUCGCGGGCUUGUGAGACAUGCCAUGCUAGAAAGGUUGGUUCGUUGCGAUGCAGCCAGCCUCGGUGUACCAUGCACCAACUGUGUCGCCUUCUCCAUCGAAUGCAAGAUCCCAUCUCCAAGACGGAAGAAGAACCAGGCCAAGUCCAAGGAUGGAAGCGAGGAAGCUCAAGGCAACGAGGACGACUCGAGAGAUGAAAAGGCCGACAGAAAGGUGAAACCAUCCGAUGGGAUGCCCAGCACGUCGUUAACAGACGCUCAGCAAGCCCAUCAAGCAACACAGAAUACCUCUUACGCCCAAUUUAUGAAACCCAAGUUCGCCAGGGCUCCCAUCACAGAAGCAGGCCGUGUCGCAUAUCUAGGCGAAUCGUCAAACCUCACUCUCCUUGUACAAGACCGCCACGGCACCACAGAUGUCGUCCACUAUCCUCUGCCAGAAGGCAUGCGUGGCUCACGCUCCCGCCUCACCGAACUGGAUAGCCUGGAAAUCGACAUCCUCAACCAACGUGGCGCCUUCUUACUCCCUCCCCGUGCCCUGUGCGACGAACUGGUGGAUGCAUACUUCAAAUGGGUUGCUCCAGUCGUACCACUAAUCAACAGAAGCCGCUUUAUGCGACAGUACCGCGACCCGAAGAACCCACCGUCCCUUCUGCUGUUACAGGCCAUCCUCCUGGCUGGCUCAAGAGUAUGCACAAACCCACAGCUGAUGGAUGCCAAUGGGUCAACGACACCGGCCGCCAUGACGUUUUACAAACGUGCAAAGGCAUUGUAUGAUGCUAAUUAUGAAGAUGACCGGGUUACCAUCGUGCAAGCUUUGUUGCUAAUGGGCUGGUACUGGGAAGGGCCAGAGGGGUUGCAAUCAUCAUCGCCCAGGGAUCAGGAAUGCAUAGAAGUAAACAUCAACACGGAUGACUCGGACGUUGAAAUGCUUACAGAGGACGAUUUUAUUGAGGAUGACGCGGAUGGGCCGGCAGACUACCCGCCUGACCCAACUCAUGUUCAGUUUUUCCUCCAAUACGUCAAGCUAUGCGAAAUCAUGGGCCUUGUACUUUCACAGCAAUAUUCGGUUGCAUCCAAGUCACGACGCACCAAUGCAAUUGACUUGACACACAGCGACAUGGCGUUGGCAGACUGGCUACAGAACUGCCCCAAGGAAGUGUACUGGGAACGGUCACGACACCACUUUUGGUCUGCUUUGCUGCAUUCAAACUACUAUACUACUUUAUGUUUACUACAUCGAGCCCAUAUGCCUCCUGCAACUGCUGGCCAGAACGCGGGAAGUGAUGGAAUAUCAUAUCCCUCCCGCACAAUUGCCUUCCAGGCCGCAGCCAUGAUCACCUCAAUCACGGAGAGCCUCCAAAAACACCAACAGAUUCGAUUUGCUCCUGCCUUCAUUGUUUAUAGUUUGUUCUCCGCACUGAUCAUGCACGUAUAUCAAAUGCGAUCAUCUGUCCCUAGCAUAGUCGCUACGAGCCAAGAAAGGAUCAAUAGAUGCAUGUCGGCAUUAAAGGAUGUCUCGAAGGUAUGGCUUGUCGCCAGGAUGGUGCAUACAUUAUUUGAAUCCAUCCUAGGUAACAAGGCUCUUGAAGAGCGUCUCCAGAAAGCUGCUGGAAAGCGUCAUCAAAAGGCCAGACGACAGCAGCAGCAGCAGCAACAACAACAACAGCCACCUGAGGCGCAGAAACGACCUGAUCCUCCCAAGAGGAAAUUCGAUGAUAUGGAUAUCAGCAUGCCCAACGGGCCUCCUGCCGCCCAGGUGUCGUACGAGCGCUCAAGGCCACAGACUCCGGCUGCAACGCCAUCCAUGACCCCAAGCCAACUACCAGGCAACCUUGGGGGGCCUACAGCUGGGAGCGCUCAGCAGCACCAGCAACAACAGAACCAACGUAUGCCGACAGAUGCCUUCCUGGGAACUGGCAACGGCAUCGGCACAGGAACAGGCAACACCCGCCCUACAUCUCCGUUCAACCCAGCGUUAUCAAUUCCCCAGUCCCCACCAGAUCUAUUCCUUGUCACUCGCAACUCCCCCAGCAUCUCUCAGUCGCUCUGGGAGAACUUCCAGCCCGACCAACUCUUCCCGGACGGCACCAACAUGUCAUUCUCUGGCUUCUCACCCGCCUCCACGAACGUCGAUCCGCAGCUGCAAAUGCCCAGCCUUAACAAUACAGGAAUGCCAAUGGGGAUGCCGGGCCAGACACAUCUACAGCAACAUCUCUCGCCCCGGACAGCACGCGGAGCCCAUGAGAGUCCGACGCUUCUGGGUGGAUUGGAUCGAAUGUCACCGCAGCAUCAGAUGGGCCAGGGAGUGCCGAUGCAAGGACAGUGGCCAAUGCAGACGUUCGACCCUAACGUGCCUAUGGAUGUAUCCAGUCAGGACGAUAACUGGAGUAAUAGUUCUCGCCAGGGAGCGAUCCCGCCGACGUUGAACGUGGAAGACUGGUUCCAAUUCUUCGGCAUCAAUGGUCUACCUGAUCUGUCUGUCGAAAACCUGUAG